AUGGCGACCGACAGCAUCCCUUCCCUCGCCAUACCAGGCACAAUCCUGGGCCCGGCUAGCAAGUAUGCUCCGGGCCCGGGCACGCAUGUUUACGAGGGCAGCAUUGUUUCCUCGCUGCUGGGCAACGUUGCCGUCACAGCACCGGCCAAGGCUCCGGGCCCGGCCAAGCGAUUGAACAAGAUCACGGCUCCUUCUGCGGAAGAGCUCGCGACCGUAUCCGUCAUUAGACGCGGCCGCAAGCGAGAGGUGCUACCAGAUGUCGGCAACAUUGUGUUGGCGCGCGUGGUGCGUCUCAUGCCCAAGCAGGCCAUUGUAGUCAUCCAACAAGUUGGCGAGACGGUUCUGCAGACGGAGUGGCAGGGCGUGAUACGGGUACAAGAUGUGAGGGCGACAGAGCAGGACAAAGUUAAGAUUCACGAGUCAUUCAAGCCUGGCGACAUUGUUCGGGCCCAGGUGAUUUCAUUGGGAGACCAGGCCAACUAUUACCUCUCAACAGCAUCAAACGAACUUGGUGUCAUCAUGGCCACGAGCGAUGUUGGAAACGACAUGGUUCCUGUUAGCUGGAAGGAGUUCCAGGAUCCCGAAACGGGGGUGAGCGAACCGCGAAAGGUGGCCAAGCCAAGCUGA